AUGGCUUCCGUCACGAUUCUUGGAGCCGGUGUCACGGGCAUGGCUAUUGCUAGUCAGCUUGCCACUCAUCACGAUGUAACGAUUGUGGGGGACAUUCUUCCCGGAGACGCUCUUACCACGGAUUGGGCCUCGCCAUGGGCUGGAGCCUGCUGGGUUGGCGUGCACACGUCGAGUGAAGAGGAUACGAAAAUUCAAUUGGACUCUCUUGCAGUUCUCUUGAAGCUUGCCAGGACGUACCCUAAAACGGAGUCAGGCGUCAGGAUGACGAAGAUGACCGAAAUCCUUGAAUACGGUUCUCCGGAGGACAUUUGGUACCGGCACUAUGUUCCCGACUUCCGGUUGCUUGACAAAUCAGAGAUGCCUCCCCGAGCAGUUUUUGGUAUGGAAUACACGACAGUUUGCAUCUCGCCGCCGGUGUUUCUCACAUGGAUGAGAGCUAGACUGGAGGCCAAGGGGGUCCGAUUUGUGCGAGCACGUAUCACUUCGCUCAGAGAUUUGAAGAUCUUCAAAUCCGAUGUGUUGGUGAACGCCGCUGGGGCACGAGUGCGGGAUCUGAAGGAAGUUCGAGACACCUCGCUCGUACCAUAUCGUCUUCAGUCUAUUCUAUUGGACAAGACUUGGGAUCAGUGUUACAUUUACCGGGGCCUGCAUGGGUUUUACUUCAAUAUGUUCGGACGACCUGAUGGCACCACAUAUGUUGGCGGCAUCAAGUUGCUCAACAGCGAAGACCGAACGGUCUAUGCUGCCGAUAGAGAGACGAUUCUCUCACGGGGACAUCAACUUUUGCCCGCAGUUCUGCCUUCUCCUCAUCCCAGUGACUACAUUAUCAAGUAUGACAUCGGUAACACCUAUCAUUUUCGCCCUAUGGAUCGAGGAGGGGCUAGGAUAGACAAGGAGAUUGUUGACGGACAGAAGGUGGUUCAUGCCUAUGGACAAGAGGCUGGAGGUUACUGCUUUAGUUUUGGCACUAGUCAAAAGGUAGCAACUCUUGUGGAGCAGUACGUUCACGAUUCAAUAUCGCCGAAGUUGUAA